CAACUACGUGGUAUGGCAGCUGGGUUGGCAUCCGAAACGAUGGAAGAUGAUAUUUCGAAGUGCACAUCAUCCCUCGAAACUUCGAUUGUGCUUCCUCUACCAACUGAAUUAGAAAGUGUGCACGACGUGACUAUAGACAAAAUCGCCGCGAAGCUUCUGAAAGAUAAUUUCAUUUUGACUGCUUUGGAAUUGCAUGCCGAACUCUUGGAAAGCGGCAGGGAACUACCCAGGCUACGAGACUAUUUUUCCAACCCAGGCAACUUCGAAAAGCAUAGUCAUUCUGCUUUUGAUGCGUCACCGGUCUUGCCAAGAACAUCAAGUGUCCAGACAUUUGAUUCAUUGGAUUUCACAAGGUAUUCAGAUGACGGAGAGAAACAACUAGAUGAAAGAGUUGCUGUUUUAGAAUUCGAGCUUAGGAAGGCUCGGGAAACCAUCAAGAACCUGCGAGCAAACCUAACUGUUGUUACAGAGUCUGAUCCAAAUACUCCAGACAAUGGCAGUGAGCACAUGACUGUUUCAGAAGAGCCUUUGCGCCCGCAUGAGCGUCGAGCUGUCAACUUCCUUCUGAACGAGUACUUGCUAAAGCACGAUUACAAGCUGACAUCGAUAACUUUUUCUGAUGAGAAUGAAGUCCAGGACUUUGAAGACUGGGAUGAUGUAGGUCUGAAUAUUCCCAAGCCACCUGAUCUGGUGCACCUGUACCGCAGUUACAACAAGCACUCCCGACUUUGCUGUGACGUUGUAGAGCGUCAGGUGCAGACCGAUUUUGAAGAUUCAAGUUUGCAAAAAGACCUCACAAGCAACUUGGAGGCUCUUGUAGCAGAAAAGGCUGCCUUGGAAGCGGAACUUGACUUAUUAAAGGGACAUAUGGAGAAGGUCACCCAAGAAAAUCGUUUGCUAACAGCAGAGCUGGACAAAGUUUUAUUCUCUCGUACAGAAUUGACCUUCAAACCCAAUUUGCCUUUGGAUAUGGCAGUUGACACACUGUCUGAUGCUGUAGAACCAUGCACUCCUAGUCCAAAUGUGGCUGUAGUCUCACCAUGCAAGCAGCUGCCAGAGGAAAAGGGUGACUCUGUUGAAGAGCGCAUGCCACAGGGACUUGCGAUAUGUGUGGCUCAUCAAAUGUGUAAGGAAGAAACGUGCGUUACAGCUGACGAUGUCAGUGAAAGUGUCGGCAAGCCAGAAGAAUUGAAGACCCUUAAGGGCACAAGGAAGACAUGUCCAGCCUUUCUUGAGGCCCUCAUGAAUGUAUGCCGACCUCAUCAUGAGCUGUCUGACUCGCGCCUGGCGAAAGAUGUAACGUCAGUGGCUUCAUCAGGCGAGGAGGUCGUUCUAAUGCUUGCCCGAUGUCUUCCACACAUUGUGCCUAAUGUCCUUCUGGCAAAACGAGAGGAGCUGGUUCCCCUGCUCUUGGCAGCCAUCAAUUUGCAUCCAGAUGCUGCUCAACGUGAUGUCCUUCUGAAUCUGUUGUUCAAUCUAACAAAGCGCCCAGAUGAUGCACAACGCAGAGUCAUAUUGGCUGGGCUACUGUCUGUGGCUCAGUGCCUAGGCCCUGAACGAGUUGAAGCUGAGCUUCUGCCGCAGUGUUGGGAGCAAAUAAACCACAAGUACUUGGAAAGAAGACUUUUAGUGGCUGAGUCUUGUGGCUAUUUGGCAUCACAAGUAGCUCCUGAGAUCCGUAGCUCCUUGCUACUGUCCAUGUUACAACAGAUGCUCAGGGAAGAAAAAGAUGACGUGGUCAGGGAAAGGGCUGCACAUAGUUUAGCUAUGCUGCUUGCUUAUGUGGAUGAUCAAGAUAAGUUUUCUCAGGCAGUUGACCUGGCAUUGCUUGUAGUAGCUGAUGCACGUGCAAACAUGGCUGAGGUGGCACAGACUGUCUUGCUUCCUUCUGUUGCUGCAUGGGCACUGGAAAUAGGCCACCUGGAGGACACACUGCUUUCCACACUGAUUAAACUUCUUGAAGAUCAUAUAAAGGCCUUGGCAUUGCGAUCAGCUGAUGGCCCAACUGCACUUACACAAGCUGAAGAACAACACUCAGUGCAUCUCAUUAAGGCACUUGGAGCAUUGUUACCAUUCCUUUUUGUUCAUGUUGUCGAAACUGGCCCCUAUACAAGCCGCUUGAAUCUCACAGACAGCUCUUGGAAAAGUGUGUUACGAGAUGAUAGGCUGCCACAUCCACAAAACCCACUGUAUGACACACUAAAAAUCUCAAGGUAUACUUCAAAAAUGCCAGCUGUGGUAGCUGCAUUUGAUGAGCACAUUGGACAAGAAUGGUAUAAGACAUGGCCAGCUUUUGACUGGCUUCUCAGCAAAUUCAUUCCUUUCCUCACAGGCAUAACUGCAAACACAGAACCAUCAAGUCGUCCUACUGUGCAUGCGUUGUCUGAACUCCUUCUCAAUGUCUGCCAACUUUUUGGUCGCACCUUCACUCAAUGCAAAGUGAAGCCUGCGUUUUCUGCAUUGAUUCCUCUCAAUGAGGCCUUCACUCAGGAAGCAAAGAACAUGUUGACAAGUGCAGUGGGACCUGUAUAUGCAUCUGGCAUCCUGGCAGCAUUUUCUUCUGAAUCUGAUUGCAAGGAGCUUGUGGACUUCUUGAGGAAUCUUCUCUUUGUAGUGUCACUUUGUGAACUUCCUUUGUCAAGUGUGGAGAGCAUCUUCAUUGAGCUUAGCAUGAACAGAAAUUUCCAUGAAGUUCUGCUGUCAGUACUUUGGGAAGGAGUGGUCCAUAACACUGCACUUGUCCGAAGCAAUGCAGGCCGCCUUUUUGAGCUUCUUGUUGGGACUGUGGCCGAUCCAUUGUUAAAAAGUCGUGUAACACCAGCACUUGUGACUCUUGCAAGUGACCCUGAAAUCUCUGUGCGCAUAGGAACAGUGAGGCCGUUCGGUACUAUUUUGGCAACAAGCACUCAAAAAGACUUGCUUGACAAAGCCUUCAUGCAGCUGCAAACUUUUCUUGAAGAUCCUCAGCAUAGCCAUGACCACUCAAUGCAGGCUGAGUUUAUCCAUAUGUUUACUUCGUUAGGCCCAAAUACAGAACCACGCUUUAGAGAUGAAUUCAUCUUGCCUCACCUUGCAAUUUUGGCAAUGAGAAACAAUCAGAAUACAAACGACUCAUCGAGGGUGAAAAUUAUGGAGCUGCUUCUUGAAGCCUAUAGUGCAUUGUCUUGCACCUACAUUUCAGAACAUGCAAUCACAGAUGCGUUUUUACCGGGCUUACGGUGUCUUUUGGAAGAUGCAAGGCAAGUUGCACCUUGCCAUGAGUCGGCGGUGUCAGCUAUGAUUGGUGACUUUGAAGCCAAAUUGGACUGUUGCAGGGAAAGAACCCCAUCACUAAGCUCUCCUAUGGCAAGUAUGGAGGAGAUGAAGCGGAAGAUGACGAAGAUCUUCACUGUGCCUCCUGCUAAUGCUCGCUCAAACCUUCCAAACAUCUUUCAGUUGCGAAAAAAAUGAGCAGAGGCAUUGCUAGUCAACGCCUACAGUAAGCCCAAGUUGGAACUCAAAACAGUCUACAAUGCAAAAGGUGCUGAAGGGACACCAGUCUGCAUCACGUCUAGUCAUGACCAGAGGAAGCAUGUGCAUUAUGUUUUUGCAUGAUGCUAUACAGUGGAUCCAUUAGGAUAUAUUUGAUUGGUCACAUGAUAUAUAAUGUUGCAGAAAACAGUAAUAUUUGUUUUUAAGGCAGUUCCAUGCACUUGUACCUUUUAUGCUGAAGACAGAUUUUGUACAUACAAUACUACAUAUUUUUGGAUGGCUUUUAUUGAAGAAAGGUCCUUUGAA